UCUGCUUUCUGGCAAACGGUCACACACUAGCUGGCGAGUCUGACGAGUUUUGUUAUUGGCGGAGAAAAAAUUACGGUGUUUUAUAAAUUCUCAGUUAAGCCGAUUUCUCACCCCUCAUACAUAUUAUAUAUAUAUUCCUUGACCGAUUUGCGAUCGAAAUUUUGAUCGAAGAUCGUCCGAAAGUCGAGCGGCCGUGCGUAUUUUUUUCUGUUUUUGCCCCUCGUGCAACAUCAGUGAACUAGCGGCCCACCAAAAAAAAAAAGAAGAAAAGUGAAAUUGCCUUUUGCGGCAAAUAAGUAGAAAAAAAAGAAUACAACAAAUUAAGUACACGGCAACGAAAAUUGUUGUUUACAAUAAGUUUACAAGCCAACGGGCGUCGCUCUGUGUGCGUGUGCGUGCGUGUGUAGUUGUUGCGCCAAAAAUUCCAAUCGGAAUUCUGGAACAGCUGGCCACAACAACAAAACGCGGCCAAGACAAGAACAAUUUAGCUGCUAAAAAAUGGGCGACUUCGAUCUGAAUGUGGACAGUUUGAUUCAGCGGCUGCUGGAGAACUUCAAAAAACAAAAAGAGGCCGAAGAGCACGCCCAGAAGCUGCUAAUCGCUCAACAAUUGGCCGCCGCUGGCGGAGCGGCUGCUGCCGUGGCCACCGCUUCAGCUGCGGCUGCUGCUGCCGCCGUUUCCGCCUCAUCGCCCACAUCCAGCAGCAGUUAUUCGGCGGUAGCGGCCUCCUUUGGAUCCGGAUACGGAUCUGGGGCUGGUGGCGGACCAGGAUCCAGUCACGAUCCACUCGACGAGCUCACCGAACAGCAGCGACGUUUGCUGCAGCAAUACUCGAUAUCACCGCCCAGCGAGACAAUGAUAUCGGCCGACGGCGACCAGAUCACCGUCCAUCAUCCGCGCGAGGAGCCCAAGAAAUCCAGAUUGAAAUUGCGCGACUUUUUCGUCGCCGAGUUUGUGCGCAGCUGCCGAACAGGCAAACAGGUCCAGAUGACCGAGGCGGAGGUGCGUGGCUUGUGCCUCAAGUCACGCGAGAUCUUCUUGCAACAGCCCAUACUGCUGGAGCUAGAGGCACCGCUGAUCAUCUGCGGCGAUAUACACGGCCAGUACACAGACCUGUUGCGGCUAUUCGAGUACGGCGGCUUCCCACCGGCUGCCAAUUACUUGUUCCUCGGCGACUAUGUCGAUCGGGGCAAGCAGUCCCUGGAGACCAUUUGCCUGCUGCUGGCCUACAAGAUCAAAUAUCCGGAGAACUUCUUCUUGUUGCGUGGAAAUCACGAGUGCGCCAGUAUUAAUAGGAUUUAUGGCUUCUACGAUGAGUGCAAGCGUCGAUACAAUGUCAAACUCUGGAAGACCUUCACAGAUUGCUUCAACUGUCUGCCCGUGGCCGCUAUCAUUGACGAGAAGAUCUUCUGCUGUCAUGGCGGUCUCAGUCCUGAUCUGCAGGGCAUGGAGCAGAUUCGUCGCCUGAUGCGGCCCACAGAUGUCCCGGACACUGGGCUGCUGUGCGAUCUUCUGUGGAGCGAUCCCGACAAGGAUGUCCAGGGCUGGGGCGAAAACGAUCGCGGUGUGAGCUUCACAUUCGGCGUGGAUGUGGUCUCCAAGUUCUUGAACAGGCACGAGCUGGACUUGAUAUGCCGUGCGCAUCAGGUUGUGGAGGAUGGUUAUGAGUUCUUUGCGCGUCGGCAGCUGGUGACCUUGUUCUCGGCGCCCAACUACUGCGGGGAAUUCGACAAUGCCGGCGGGAUGAUGACGGUGGACGACACGCUGAUGUGCUCAUUCCAGAUCCUGAAACCAUCCGAGAAGAAGGCCAAGUAUCUGUACAGCGGAAUGAACUCGUCGCGACCCACAACACCGCAGCGCAGCGCCCCAAUGCUGGCGACCAACAAGAAGAAAUAAUAUAUCCAUCCGCUUCCAUUUCCUUAAAGGUUCAACAAACAACAGAAAUAAACUUUUACAUAGAUACACACAUAUAUAUACAUAUAAAUAUAAAACAAAAACGUUUAGGCAAAAGUGAAAGAUAGUAGAAAAAAAAAUAACAAAAAAACAAAAAAGAAAGGCAAAUAAUAAAAGAUAAAUGAUAAAUAAUAAUAGAAAGGCAGCGAGCAAGAUCGAAGUGCAUAAAGAUAAAGAUCUAUGUGUAUCCGUCAUUAACUGUAAACAUAUAGUGCAUGCGUUAUAAUGGGGCGUGGCCUAUAUCUGUCUCUCUCUGUGUGUGUGUGUCCAACUUGAUUAACUUAUCCUUGUACCUGCUAGUUGCAGCAGCAGCAGCCACACAGAGGCCUAAGUCGUCGAUUCCUGCAUUUCAAGAUUAACUCUGUUGAAUGGAACGUCGCCCGCGACCGUGCACGCCCCUAAAUAGCAGGCACCAUCCCCCCCAAAAAAAAUAAAAGAAAAGAACUCCUCCUAACAUGCAGAUAAACAAAUAAAUUAAACAAAAGUACAGCGAUGUUAAGCAAUGAAUUUAUAUAUAGGCUUAUUAAUGUAAACUAUAUACGAUAUACUUAUAUAUUCAUAACUACAAGAGAGAAACGAAAACGAAAACGGAAACGGAAAAGAACCCGAAAAACCUAAAACAGAAGAAGGAAAAAGCAAAGUACAGUAAGGCCCACUGUGGUACGAAUUGCGUAAACUAGCUAUCACUUGACUUUUCCUUUUUGGCCCUGCGCGCCGAGCUUACAAAAUUCGCAGUAAAUUGUUCGACUUUUUCUUUUUUUUUUUUGGUUCUCUUCUAUCCUAUCAACUAUAAGUGCGCAUUACAAAUUUGUCUAACAAAGAAGAAAAUGGAAAACUCUAAGAAAAUCAAAAUGUUAAAAUUAAUGCAAAAACGAAACGAAAAAAAACCUAUGUAUUAAGGCUUAAAAACAGUUCAACUCUGUGUGUGUAUUUUAUUUAUUAUUUAUCUAUAAAUAUAAAUAUAUAUAUAUAUAUGUAUGUAUGUUCUUUUUGUCAUUGUUUAAUUAAUUUAUUGCUUACUUUGUAUUUAUAAAUCGAAAAACUAUUGAUUAACCCCUAACAUCUACCUUCUUUUUUUUUUUAUUCGUUGUCAUUAACUCUGUUUAAGUGGCAAACAAUUAUUAUUACUGUUAACGUGUUGAUGGGCAUUUAACAUACAAACUUUAACUAGAGACAAACUCUUACCUAACUUUAACUUGCCUCACACACACACACACACCUACACACACACACACACAAAUAUGAGAAAUAAUAAUAAAAACAAAAAUAAAUAUUUAAAUUUAACGAAUUUUUGAAAGCAUUACUUCGAGUACUUGAAACACCAAUUUUUGUGCAUAUUUAAUUUACGAUUAAGAACUCAUUCGAGUAUGUAGAAAAGGCGAGAAGUGUGUAUGAGAAAUUAUAUAUAUAUAUAUAUGAGAAUAUAUAUAAGUAUAUAGAGGAGGAGCGGAGGAAGAGAGAAAACUAAUUUUUUCAUCGUCGUAACUUAUUAGAUUAUAGUGCCUUUUUUGCCUCCCAAAAAUAAAGUAAAAUAAAAAGAAAAACAGAAAAACAGAAAAAUCCACAAAGAAAGUGUGUAAACUAAUGGUUUAUAUAUAUACAGAUCAUAUAAAUAUAUACAUAUACGGCUAGCGAAAGCUAAUUAGAAAGAAAGUACAGCGUUUAUUUUGUAACAAUUGAAGAAGAAGAACCAUAGUUGAUCUAAAAGAGUAUUAUUAAUGAUUUUAAACGAAAAACUAAACUGUCUUAAAAUCUGCAUUAAAAAUUAACACAAAACUAUCGA